GUCAUGUUAAUAUGCUGCACCAGCUCGGAUGCUGUAAAAUGGAAACAGAAGCAUGCACGAAGGGCCGACUCCCAUGCUAAAAUGUGGUUACUUGUUAACAGGAUAGGUGUCUACGAUUCAGCGCACGUUCGUAAUGUGUUAUAUAAAUCGCUCGCUACAUGAAUAUUGCGUUAUUGUAGCGUGCUAUUGUACCGAAUGUCAGACAUUUCUAUACACGGGGCAUGGAUAUGCACGAUCGUUGGAUUCGGAUUUGAACACAUGCAAAAUCCAUCUUCUGGAACGUGGCAAAGUAGAAGAGGGGGGAUCAGUCAGUUUACGUGGGGGAGGAGUUAUUGACCAUCUCGUGGAAGAGAAACGAAGUGAAAGCUUUUAGGAAACAGAGAAACAACAAUGGGAAGCACUGUGGAUCCUGCCGAAAGACGCUCCAUGACGUCACGAUUGUGCCAACGAAUCAAAAACAAGCUCUUAUUCUCAGGGGAUGGAAUGACACCUCCCAACUGGCCCGUCAUCGGCCUCAUGUUCCUUUCACUGUUCGCCAGCGCCUUCACUCUGACUUUCAUCUUCCCCUUCCUCCCAGAGAUGACCCUGGGCUUCGGAUACAGCGAGGAACAGAAGGGGUACUAUGCUGGGUUGGUGGCCUCGUCUGUGUUCGCCGGCCGAGCUGCAGGAAGCUACUUCUGGGGCUGGCUGUCGGACAGGAAGGGCCGGAAGUUGGUGCUACUGUUGACGCUAGGUGGUAGUGGUGUGUUCUCGCUCGUGUUCGGAUUCACGCAGAAUCUCGCCAUGGCCAUAUCCGCCAGAUUCUUCACAGGGCUCUUUAGUGGAAUCCUGGGCACGGCCAAGACCGUCCUGUACGAGGUGUCGGACAACAGUAACCAGGCCGUCGGGAUGUCCAUGAUUAGCCUGGCCUGGGGGGCUGGGAUCAUACUUGGGCCAGCUACUGGGGGGUACCUGGCAUCCCCGGUGGUGAAGUACCCAGCAACAUUCCCACCUGGGUUCUUCACGCGCUUCCCCUACAUCAUCCCCGCCACCGUCACCUUCGUCGUCAACGUUCUUGUCUUCCUCGUGAUCGCUUUCAAGAUGAAAGAGACGCUUCAUUGCAGGGAUAUCGUGACGCACAUUGCUGAAAAGGAGCCUCUUCAAGAUGGCGGCCAGAUUAAAAAUGGAUGUCGAUGUGAUUACCUCAAACGUCACAAAUCUCACAAUGACGUCACCGAGUCAUAUCACCAGCCUGACAUAUCAACAAAUAACGGUUCUUUAGGUACCGAUAUCAAUAAAUUAUCUCACACUAACGAAAACAGGUAUACGGAUAUCACAAAUUGCAACGAGCGUAAGAACAAAGUUCAAAACGACGCCAGUACUGCUCGACUCUAUUCGUCUGUGCCUAAUAUAUCAUGUAUUAGAAAUGGCGACUCUGUGAUUAUGUCCGACGAGAGGCAAUGUACGUGUUUUAUGUAUAAUCAACGGGUGGGUGACACAAGGACACUAACAGGAGGUGAUGUGAAAUGGCGUUCCUCCUCUGCUCAUCAAUUUGAAUCUGACAGCGAGAAGAAGACGUGUCAGAAUUCAGGGAUCUGGGUUGCGGUCCAACAGAGUGCCUUGGUUACAAACAUGAGACAGAAAGAUGUCCGCGAGUCGGUCAUUCUCUUCACGGUUUUCUCCUUCGCCAUCAUCGGCUUUGAAGACGUCUUCAACGUCUGGGCUUCCACUGAAAGACGUUUGGACGGGCUUGGGUUCAGCACGGACAAGAUCGGAACGGUCCUGUCCAUGGUGGGAAUCCCGUUGCUGCUGCUGCUCAUCUUCAUCUUCUCAACUCUAGUGAGACACUUCGGCAUCAAGAAGACAUACAUGAUCUGUUCCUUCGUCAUGGCGGUGUCCGUGACGGCGUGUCCUGUUCUUCAUCUGUUGUCUGACAGACCUAAUGUGCUGUGGCCGGUGAUGCUGCUCAUCCUCAUCCCGGAGAGGCUCUGCGCCAGCUGCUGCUUCUCCGCCACCGCCCUCUUCAUCAACAACUCAGUCACACCCGAAAAUGCUGGUGCCGUUAAUGGCAUCGGCAUGACGUUCACUGCUAUUGCAAGAACCCUGGCGCCUGCUAUGGGUGGAAGUGUCUUUGCCUGGACAGUGAGUGAAGGAUCUGAGAUUGGUCCACCAUUUGACGUCAGUUUCGCUUUCUUUCUGUUUGGGCUGGUGUUCUGGCUGACGAUCCUCAUGUGCUUGGUGCUGCCCGAGAGACUCAACAGACAGAAGAAGAUACCAUCAUAAUGCAUAUCGGGGGUCAAAUAAAAGGUCGCACCUGGAGUGUUCUCUCACCCUCAAACUGCCAUGCCCCUCUUGUGGUGUGUAGAGAGCAGAAAUGCAGUCAGGCAUAAUAAAUAAUAAAUAUCUUAAAAGCCCUGGAAAGCCAUGUUCUGCCCAAACAUAGGUCAGGACACUUUAAAUCAUCCAAGCGAAGGACAGCAGUUUUGAGCAUUCAAUUUUGGGUAGCCCUACCCUGGUACGUACAUAGACUAUGUAUCAGCGUCCAGUGAAUUUUGGCUGAAAUUAUUCCACCUUUAGUCAGAUACAAUUAAGACACAAAUUUCACACUGUAUUUAAGAUCGAUGUAUUACGUAAAACACGUUGUUUCCAAGGCAGCAAUAUUUUAUAUUUUAUAAUUUUAUAAUUAUUGUUUUAAUCUGUAUUCUGUUCCACUGAAAUACAGAUGAUGCAGAUUUCUCGUGCAGUGAACUCUGUAAAAUCAUUUUAUCCACACGUCUGUAUAUAUUAUUUCGAAGAUUAAACAUAUAUUUCGA